AUGGCCGAGCUUGCAUUUCCGUUGGCAGCCAAACUCAUUGAAAGGCUCAGCUCCAUUGCUUCUGAGGAGAUUUGCUUGGCGUGGGGCGUUCAAGCGGAUCUGCGGAAACUUGAACGCACCAUGUCCACCAUCAGAGACGUGCUCUUGGAUGCCGAAGAGAAGCAAGCACGUAACCGUGACCUACGCAGUUGGCUACGACAACUUAAAGAUGUGUUCCUUGAUGCGGAGGAUCUGAUGGACGAGUUUGAGUGCGAAGCUUUGCGAAGGCAAGUGGUUCGUGGCAGUGGCACAACCAGAAAGGUACGCCGUUUCUUUUCCCGCUCUAAUCCAGUUGCAUUCCGGUUGCGAGUAGGUCAUGAAAUUAAGGACAUACGAGAGAGGUUACAUGAGCUUAAAGAUGAUAAUUUUGCUGGUCUUCGCACUGUUCAUCAUCACCCUCAUCUAGGUGAUCAUGUGAGGGAGAACAUGAAUACGACCCACUCAUUUGUCCGUGCUUCGGAGGUUAUUGGUAGAGAAACAGAAAAAAAUAAAAUUGUUGAUCUUCUAAUGAUACAAGGCGAUGAUCAUCAAGGUGGGGAUAAUGGCCGGAAUGUUUCUGUUAUUCCUAUAGUGGGAUUAGGAGGUUUAGGGAAGACCACCCUUGUCCAGUCGGUGUACAAUGAUCUGAGAGUCGAAAGGAGUUUUGACUUAAGAAUGUGGCAGCAUGUGUCAGUGGACUUUGAUGUUAAUAGAUUGGCAAAAGAGAUCCUUGGCUCUGCAUUAGGUACACAGAUCAGUGAAAGGUUGUCUCUAGAUCAGUUGCAAGCACAACUACGAGACGCUUUAAAGGAUAAGAAAUUUCUGCUCGUCUUGGAUGAUGUGUGGAACGAAGAUCGUACCAAAUGGACCGGGUUGAGAAAUUUAUUGAUAGAGGGGGCCAAGGUAGGAACUAAGGUUUUGGUGACGACACGGAAUAGCUAA